AUGAUUUUACUCUUCAACAAAAUUGUCAACGGGUUGACCCAAUCCGAAUUUGGCGCCAUCACUUCUUAUUCUGAAGUCCCAAGUCCUAACCCACUUUCUGACCCGUCCAUUUCAACUAGGAAUCUCCUUCCUCCUCCUGACCCAAAACAAAAUAACAGAUCUGGAUGCUUUUUGUUUUUGAUCCUCGAAUGUCCCCCACGAAUCUCCCAUUUCAUCUUAAUUUUCUGUGAAAUUAUUCCUCGCGUUGAUCUGAAUAAGGCUUUCCCACCGGCAACCGGACAAUCGCUGGAUUUCUCAUCGGCAAUGCGGAGGAUUAAUUGUUUGAUGGAUGUGUCGGGAUAA